AUGCCAUCUUAUGUUCCUGGUCAACCAGACGUCAUCAAAUUUGUGAAGGAGCUUGGCGAGGAUCAUGAAAGUCGCGAAAUUGACAAGAUCACACGGGUAAAUCAUCAUGAGGCUGUGCCUCUUGUUACUACCGCUGAGGACGAAGAUACGGCCAGUCAGUACGGCAACGUAAAAGUAACCGAUGAUCAACCAGGUAGGGCCCCUACGCAGCACCAACAAUCCCUUGAAACGACGACUCGCUCGAGGGUCACUGCAAGUCCAGUUGAAAAUCAAACCAAGAAAAGUAUCAACCAGGACAGGUCUUUUUUAGACAGUCGGCAACCUCAGAGAAGGGGACAGGACAGCCCGGACACCGCGGCCUUAUCGCUAACGAACAGGGAGGUCCCCGAGGUGCAUCAGAUAAUUCUCAACAAGCAACUCGACCAAGAAUCGAACCGGUCGUUACUGCAACCACCGUCGACACGCCACCCACAGCAAGAAAACAAAGCAGGGUCCGGUUUGCGGACGCCACGUACCCAGAUGGAGAAGAAGCCUCAGCAGAGUGGCAGUCACAAGGUCAACGUCGCCGAAGACCGUCUCUCGGCACAGGAAUAUUUGCCACAGGAGAACGUACACACCCGCCUACAAGAAAAGAGGCAGAGUAUAGAGUCGACACAAAUUUGCAAAACCAAGAGCCCGAAAGCAUCAGCCCCAGUGCCCCGCCAGGCUGCAUGCACACUCACCACCACCACUACUGGCAAUGGGUUCGACCAAGCCCACCGCCUGCCUUUGAAGGCUACGAGCCGUCAGGGAGCCCUGGGCCGAACCCUGCGAGUGCAUUUAUGUCCAGAGUCGGAGCCGAAGUCGCACACACUACUAUACAGCCGGCGAGCAGCUGGUCCCAAGAACAGUUUGGAGGCAGGUUCCCUGCCCAGUCGGUCAAUGAAAAGAUCGCCGAGCUUGCAAGACCACCAUCCCGCGAUACCAGCGAUCGCAUCCACUUCUACCGCGUGGUUGAGCCGCAGCACACCGUCAACAGUGAGCAAGCUGCAGUGCACAAGAGAGAAAACAGAGGCACUUGUGAAGCGCAAACCACCGCCUCCUCGGGCCAAAACGAGAUCCACGUUCACAUCCACCUCCCCGCGAGCAUUUUCAACAUCGGCCAGGUCGGAGGCAGCCAGAAUCCUAUGGGGCAUAUCACCGGCAAAGAAGCUACUGGAUCAUCAGCGCCUAUUGGCGGCGGCAGCAUUGAGCGCCGAAAAGGCGGGAAUAGUAGACCCGGAGAGCAAGCCCAAGAAAGUACUUCAGACGGAGGCCAAGAAAAAAAGUCCCUCCGGAGGAAACGAGGUCGACACUCACUCCAGCGGAAAGCCUAAGAUGCCGGUGCAAGGUGAGCCGGCAGAGGAGUUUCAAGGGUUCUCGGCUCGAUUACGACUGAUCAUGGCUGGAUGGAGCAUGGCAGGUCUCUUGUUUGCUUGGAUUGUGCUCAAGAGAUAUUGGGAUGCCGCUGCGCCUGUCUUCACGGAGAAUUCGGCGAUGCGUGAGCGACUUGCCAAGGGACGACCCAUAGUAGGUGAUAUAAUAUCCUUGGUGUUGGCAGCGAACGCCGUGUUUGUAGCCGUGCUGGCCAGUGUCUAG